AUGGCUAAUCCAUCCGAAUGUUGUAUUCAGGUUGUCUGUCGUGUCCGUCCGUUAAAUGAAAUUGAAAGGAAAAACGGGUCAUCUUCUGUUGUCAAGUUUCAAGGCAAAGAUACUGUUAUGGUUACGGGGAAGACUUAUGCAUUUGAUAAUGUUUUUCAACCAAAUGACACUCAAGAAAAUGUUUAUAAAGGAGCAGCUCAUCAUAUUGUUCAAGAUGUUUGUUUGAUUUUAACUAAAAUUUAA